UAGCCGUUGAUGUCCUUCAAUGUUAAUUUUGAAGGACGUGAUAAACUAGAAUUAUGUUGACACGGCUGAAUAAAAGUUUGUGGAAUUCAGUAGGUCGGCUGACUGCUGUGUCAAGUAGUUCUGUUGUUGGUCUUUAUUGUACAGCCGUCAUGGCAGCCUCAGACAAUAAAAUUUUUUGGAAGGAAGCCAAAUCAAUAUAUGAAUUUAAGGCUACAGACAUUGAUGGAAAUGAAGUCGAUUUAGAAAAAUAUAGGGGUCAUGUUUGCCUGGUGGUAAACGUAGCCUCUAAAUGAGGUUUUACCGAAAAAAACUAUACACAGCUACAGGCUUUGCACGUCAAGUAUGCUGAAUCUCAUGGUCUGAGGAUCCUAGGCUUCCCAUGUAAUCAAUUUGGAGGACAGGAACCCGGCACUGAUGAAGAAAUUAAAAAAUUUGCCACAGGAAAAUAUGGAGUUCAAUUCGACAUGUUUAGUAAAAUUAAUGUUAAUGGGGAUGAUGCACAUCCAUUAUUUAAAUACCUGAAAAAUGAACAGAAAGGAUUUUUUGGAAACUUUAUAAAAUGGAAUUUUAGUAAAUUUUUAGUUGAUAAAGCUGGCAAACCAGUUAAAAGAUAUGCACCAAAUGUUGAACCGAACUCCAUAGAAAAAGAUAUGUUGGAGUAUUUUGAAAAGUGAUGUGUUAAAUCAGGAUUGUAGAAUGAUAGGAUAUAUUACACACAGUGUUUUUUAUUUUUAUGUUACCAUGGAAACAGACAUUUUAGAAAUAAUAAACUAAAAGAUUGUUAUUAUAUAAGGGCAUUUCUUACAUGUAGUUUGUAUUUAAGUGGCUCUUUGUUUUCAAGUGCCAUAUAUGGGUUAGUGAAUGAAACUAUGGAACACCCAACUACACGUUACAAUAACAUAACUAUAUUAGUUUGGUCUUCCAUAGUCUCUAAUUUUUAAACUCGAUUUUAUGCAUAUUUUUGAUACAAUAAUGUGAUAUAACAUCAUGUUUAUACACUUCACUGUUUAUAAGGUCCAAUUAAAAUGAUAUGAAAUGAAUUUCACAAGGACUUUUACAAUAUUAAGUGUAGUUUAGUUUAAUGGUCGAGUGUGAGACAUUAAGUAAUAUAUUGAUUUUGCACGAGUGGUAUAUCUCUAUUACGCAUUGUCUUGCACAAGACCAUUAAAAAACUUAAAAUACAGACACUAUCCAGCAUGUGCCUUUCAAUGAAAUACAUAUAAAUAAUCUAGUAUGGCAUAUUGCCUGUACCAUUAUUUGAAAUAAUGGUACGCCAACAUCAAAGGAUGAGGUCACAUCUGUAAUUUAAAUAGUUAUAAAUUCCAAAACAAUCUGAUUUUUUGGGAACACUUUCUGUAAUAUGACCUUUGACCUGAAGAUAUGAACCACAACUGUGACGGACAGUAUUGAUGACGGAUUGCUCCGAAACCUUGCUGAGGAUGGAGAAAUCCCGAUGGUCUAAUGACGUGCAAAUUAACUGUUUGUCGUAGAGAAUGGGGGGUGGAUAUCUUCAGGCCCGAUCUGCAGUCUGGAUCUUAUUAACAUCAUUAGUUUUAAUUUGUAUUACGGAUCUCGAUUGAUGAUUUUGUGUCUAGUAAAUUUUAAUGUGUAGAAAUAUUAUGUGAAGGUAGAUUCAAUCCAUUUAACUAUUUAUGCUUGCAUAUUUAUAUAUUACUCAAAUAAAUACCAAAAAUGUCAUUACUUACAAAUAAUUUAAUUGUAAUUGAUGUAUUAUGUUAUGCUUGUAUAAUGAAAAGUAUUGUGAUCAUUUAAAUUUAUGUAAACCCCAAAAUGUUAUUGUAAAAAAAAAUGAAACCGACAUAAGCAAUACAUAUGAGGAUAUCGGGAUUCAGGACUAUAGCUGUAUUUGGUAGUUAUCUUCAUUCUGUGCAGACAUAACAAAUUUACACAUCAGUUGAAGGUUAAAUUUUCUCGAUUUCAUUACUAUUCUCACUAUUUAAUAUGUAGCUCUAAUCUAGGGUUUCAUUCCUUUUAAGAUAGCUGGAAAAUUAUGUUGAUCGUUCUUAUAUAUUUCUUAUUAUAUGUGUCAUAUAUAUAAUAUAUGGUACAUAAACUAUUUUAUUUGUUUGAAACUAUUUUAUUUGUUUGCACCAAAGACAGAAAAUUAUACACUGAUGUGAUUUUGAUAGCCAAUUGGUCUCAUUUUAACUUUGAUAUUUUCUUUCACUCCCGAUAAUUUAAAAUAUUUAAAUAUACAAAUAAUUGAGGAAAGGUUGUAAACAUGUUAGUAAAAUCUGUUUGUUUUAUAUUUUGUUCUGUUUAUGGAUGUUGUUAAUAUUUUCACUUGUGGGACAAGAAAUAAAAUAAUUUCAGUUGUUACCACAUUAAAAUCAACCUUUUAAGGCUGAUGAAACUGGUUUAGUAGUGAAAUGGGGACCCCUUUUAUAUCUUUUCAAUAAAUUUCACAGAUUUUAUUCUCUUU